AGCAACCGCCAGUAGAUAAAGCCCUCUCUCUUGAGUCGUGGCAUUAAAUCACUUAUCCAUGGCACUGGCUAUUGGUUCCUCUGCAUUCUUCAACCUCCAACCCAGGGUGAAGGCCCCAAACACAGUAUCAAGGCUAAUCAGGGCUUUUGCAGGACUACCAACUCGAACAAAUGCAACUAAAGGGGUGUCCAGUGUGUGUGAACCCCUCCCCCCAGACAGGCCUCUGUGGUUCCCUGGAAGCUCCCCUCCGGAAUGGCUUGAUGGAAGUCUCCCGGGAGAUUAUGGCUUCGAUCCUCUUGGAUUGGGGUCCGAUCCAGAACUUCUUCGGUGGUUUGCACAGGCUGAACUGAUGCAUAGCAGAUGGGCAAUGCUUGCUGCUGCUGGCAUUCUUGUCCCUGAAUGCCUCGAGAAGCUCGGUUUUAUUGAGAACUUCUCAUGGUACGAGGCCGGGGCACAGCAGUAUUUCACAGACCCUGUGACAUUGUUUGUAGUUCAAAUGAUUCUAAUGGGAUGGGCAGAGGGAAGGAGAUGGGCUGACUUUAUAAAGCCUGGCUGUGUUGAUAUUGAACCCAAGUUUCCAAAUCGAAAGAAUCCUAAACCUGAUGUGGGUUAUCCUGGUGGUCUUUGGUUUGAUUUUAUGAUGUGGGGUCGAGGGUCGCCGGAGCCGGUGAUGGUGCUGAGGACGAAGGAAAUCAAGAAUGGCAGAUUGGCAAUGCUCGCUUUUAUGGGGUUUUGGUUCCAGGCUAUUUAUACUGGAGAGGGGCCGCUCGAGAACUUGAUGGCUCACUUGGCUGAUCCGGGGCACUGCAACAUUUUCGCGGCAUUAUCAUCUCAUUAAUGUCCUUCAGCCAUGGUGGAUGGCUUCAUAAGAAGAUGAUGGUAGUUGGGCUGCUUGGCUGGAGUAAAAUGCGAUAGGCACCAUUGAGUUCUUUUCUUUUCUUUUCUUUUUUCCUGUAGUUACAAAGUGCUGCUAUUUAGAGAGCCUUGUACACAUUGGAUGUUACUGCAAGAAAUUUUCAAUUCAGUCUGCUAUUUUCUCA